UGUUAGCACAUUGCUAGUUGGUUAGUGUGCAAUUUAUCUUAUGAACCGUUUUAGCUACUCUGACCGGCAUUAACCGGGUUUAUUCAACCCACUUUUUAAUAUACCCAUUUGUUACCGUAAACCGUCGUGACGAGACUGUCGUUGUCCAUUUGAAAAAAACAAAACAAACAAACAACAAAAAAAAAAAACCAAAAUGGCAACGAUUACAGUUCCUGAGAACGUUAGCGUUUUUCUGUUGGACAUUGAAGGAACUACGACUCCUAUCACGUUUGUAAAGGAUGUUUUAUUUCCAUAUAUCAAAGAGCACUUGGAGGAGUACCUGGGUGCGCACUGGGAAGAGGAUGAGUGCAAGCAGGAUGUACAGCUCCUAAAGAAACAGACUGAGGAAGACUUAAAGCAGAAUAGAGCGUGCCCAGUUCAUGCCGUAGACCAGACGGUCCACACUGAUGAAGAGAAAGCAAUCCGGGAGGUGGUGGAUAGUGUCCUGUGGCAGAUGGCUGCAGACAGAAAGACCACUGCUCUCAAGCAGCUGCAAGGUCACAUGUGGAGAGCAGCCUAUGCUUCAGGGAAGAUUAAAGGCGAAGUGUAUCAGGAUGUGGUUCCUGCUAUAAGAAGAUGGAGGCAAUAUGGUUUUAAAGUCUACAUUUAUUCUUCAGGAAGCAUAGAAGCCCAGAAGCUACUCUUUGGCUAUUCAGUUGAAGGAGAUCUAUUAGAUCUAUUUGACGGUCACUUUGACACCAACAUUGGUGCCAAAGUGGAAAGUAAAAGCUAUGAAAAGAUUGCAGACAGGAUUGGCUGCUCCCCAGAAGACAUUAUGUUCUUAACAGAUGUCACACGAGAAGCAAAAGCAGCAGAGGAUGCUGGGCUGAACGUGGCCGUGGUUGUGCGACCAGGUAACAUGGAGCUGACCGAAGAGGAGAGGAACCAUUAUACAACCCUCACAACUUUUGGCCAGCUGGAACUCACAGGAAGUGCUUAACACACAAGGACAGGACAGUGUCAGCAUUCCUCAAGUGGACUUUAGCGAACAUGGGCUGACAUUGGAUUGGAUUAGAAAGUUGUAGCUUGUUACUUAUGGGUUGGGGAUGCAGCAAGUGCAUUAUAGUUGUACCUAAUUAAACUCCAGGUGCUUGCAUAUGUUUUUUAUUUUUAUUUUAUUUUUAAAAAAACACAAUGAAGUUGGUUUAUAAUAUUGUCAUUCAAUUUGGAUGUUUUAUUAUGCUAUGAAACAGUAUUGAUGUGAAAGUGUAAUUUAAGUUAUUAAUUAUGAAUUAAUUUUUUCUGUAAUUGUACCUCUUCCUCCAUCUAGUAAACGUAUGUUAUACUCUCAAAUGUUAUUUCAAAUAACUUUAUGUAAAAGCGUUAUUGCAAAGAGCAAAUGUGCAACUUGGAUAUGCAACAACUAAACGUGUUAUCAUGUAGGAACAGUAAUGUAGCUCAUAGACAAUUUAUAAAGGAACAAAACCUAAAAAUAAAUCAAGAUUUCUAAAUUUAAACUAUAAACUGUGUGGAAAAUAUUGCAGAACAGUUGCAUUAAGUAAGUUUGGAAUGAUUUUCAUCACUACCGAAAACUGAAUCAAAUGGCAAAAUCUCAUGAAUGCAUGUGAUUUUCAAAAAGAUACUGAUAUGCCCCAAUUGACAACAAUGACAAGAAAGAUAACCGUGCCUAGCCUGUGUUUUUAAUAUGACUACAGUAGCUGAAGCACUGGUAUUCAGCAGUUUAAGGUUCUGUACUAGUGAACUAAAGGUCAGUUUGCAUGCUCAAUUUAAUGUUUCUUUGGCUGAAACUGUCCGCUAAGUGAAUAUAUUCAAUGUUUUAUUCCUAAUGCACCAUGUAACGAGAGCUGAAGUUCUGACACAUUUGAAGAAGAUGGUAAUGUUAAACUGUGGUAGAAU